AAUUUGAAAGUAGUUCCGAUUUCGAUUUUUAUUCGGUUUUGAUAUUUUCCCAAUUCUCUCCACCCUUCCUGUAAUCUCUCUCCCGUCUUCAACCUCUCUCCCCCUCUCUCUCCCUAUUUCUAGUUCUUCUUCCUCUUCACGCCGCCUCUCCUUCUCACCUUACCUACACCCAUUUCCCACUCCUCUUCUGCCUUCUUCUUAUUUGUUUGUUGUAGCAUAAGAAACAUUCCCAAUUCAUUCCCACUCUUCCCACUCAUACACACUGUUUAUUUGCUUCUGUAAUCUCCUUUUUUCACUCUCAUUCUUCCUUUUCUCACCUGGGUCUCGCUUCCCUUUCCAUUAUCUCAACUGGGUCAUUUAAAGAGCUCUCUCGUGUAUAAAAUAGAAAAAUGGACUGUAAACUGACAACUGAUCUUGAGAGGCUUUAUGGUGAGAAUCCGAUAGUUGCUCGUGAGAAUGGACGUACUGAGGAAUCAGUUCAUCCGAGAAUGACUUCGAUGGUUGCAGAUUCCUGUAAGGGCUCGUCUUUGGAGAACGGAAAGGUCAUGAUGAAUGAGCUUCAGCAAUCAACAGGUCAAUUUCGGAUGGGGGAAAGUAACCGGGCGAUCAGAGACCACCGGUCAUUGACAUCUGCAGUCGAGAAAUUAAGUUUGGGUGCGGAGAGGUCGGGGAGAACUUGGUUGAAGAAUGAUCAAUUUGAAAACUAUAUGAAUAAGCAAUCAUUCAUUUCUGAAGCACCAGUGGUUGCUGAUCCAUCUUUGAGGUCUUCACAUCAUUUGAACAAUGGCUAUUAUGAUAUUCAUAUGAAAGUUCAUAGCCCUCAGAUAUCAAUCUCACCAAGGCCUGUUUCUGAUGGCCUCAAGAAUGGGGAAGCUUGUCACCUUCAGCCAUUUGAAACUCCUUCCCCUGUUAUGCCAUCGACUCAUGAAAUGCCUGCGAUGCCAUUUCCUAUAUCGUCUCAUCUCGAGAAAAUGUUGCCGAGUGGCCUAUCCCCUAUGCAUUUUAUGCAUCCACAACAAAUGAAUCAUGGCCAAAUGGGUUUGAAUUGUACAAAAGAAGAGCUUGUCAACUCCUGCAUGAUGCAAGGGCAGCACCAGUACCUUCAUGAUCUUCAUAAUCAGCAACAGGAGUAUUCAAAUCAAUUCGAAUCGUUUGGUAACGCUACAUUCGGGAAGUUGCGGUUUCUGAGAAGUCCUAAGAAGAAAUGUUGUUUUGAGUAUCCAGUUUCCCACAAUCUUGAGCAGUCUAAACAUGAUGGAUUCUCCAAUGGGACUGCAAAUUACGUGGGUUCAGGUAUAUCAAAUCAUGUUUUUUCGACACCGUAUGUAGAUACAUUAGACGGCCAGGAUAAAAGUUUCAAGCAAUGUUCUCCUAGAAAGAUCCCCAUUAUGACCCAUGGACUGAAUGUAGUUGAUUGUAUGAAAGUUCCAUCUGUCGAUGCCGAGAAACAAAAAUAUUUUAUGCGCCUAAACAGCUAUCUUUGUCAAAGUUGUUAUUUUAGGCAGUUCGGUUUUCCUUCAACCGCUACGGAUUGCGUCUGUCAUGAGAACUUAAGGGUAUCUGCUAUGUUGUCUAGUUAUGCGAAACAUAAGACCGAGAUACCGCCUCUACAAUGUAACUCUCUCGAUGAAGCCACGGGUAAAAUAUAUCUCAUGGCUAAAGACCAACACGGUUGUCGCUUCUUGCAACGGAUGUUCAGUGAGGGUACUAAGGAAGAUAUCGACAUGAUUUUCAAUGAAAUCAUUCAACAUGUUUCUGAGCUCAUGAUAGAUCCUUUUGGAAACUAUUUAAUACAGAAGCUCCUUGGAGUUUGUGAUGAGGAUCAACGGCUUCAAAUUCUUUACCAGGUUAACCGACCCGGUGAACUCAUUCGAAUUUCGUGUAAUAUGCACGGGACUCGGGCUGUUCAGAAGCUUAUUGAGACCCUUAAAACCCCAGAGCAGUUUUCCAUGAUUGUCUCCUUAUUGAAACCUGGAAUAGUGAUUCUCAUGAAAAACAUUAAUGGUAACCAUGUAGCACAGCAUUGCUUGCAGUUUUUGGUGUCUGAAUAUAUUGAGUUCCUUUUCGAUGCUGCAACGAAAUGUUGUGCUGAGGUUGCCACUGAUCGACAUGGUUGCUGUGUGCUUCAAAAAUGCCUUUCUUGUUCUGAUCAUAGACAACGAGAUCGAUUGCUAACCGCGGUUGUAUGUAAUGCUUUAUUUCUUUCCCAAGACCAAUACGGGAACUAUGUUGUGCAAUUUGCAUUCGACCUUGCGCGUAAUCCUACUGCAAUUCCUUGGGUGAUAUCCGGUAUCUUGAAACGUUUAGAGGGCCAUUUUGCGGACUUGUCGAUUCAGAAAUAUAGCAGUAAUGUUGUUGAAAAAUGUGCUUCUAUUGGAGAGGAAUAUCUGACGAAAAUUAUCGAUGAGUUGAUAAACGACGAACGAUUCAGUCAAAUUAUGCUUAACCCAUAUGGAAACUACGCAGUUCAAGCAGUGUUGGCUCAUUCUGGGAUUUGCAAAGGUUCUUCUCUUCAUGCUAAUCUUGUGGCUGCAAUCAGACCGCACGUCCCGUUGCUUAGGACGAACAUGUACGGGAAGAAAGUGCUCGGAAUGCUCGGAAAAGUGAACUGACCGACACAAUCGACUAAGAUUGGCUGUAACCUGCAUUCCUUGUUGUUGUUGUUGGUCAAAAAAGGACAUGGCUUGUCUUUCUGCUCUCGAAGUGUUGCUGUUUUGUUCUAUUGUUCUUUUGUUUGUCAGGAGCUUAGCUGCAAGUGUUCAACUAGUCUUUCUCCUCAAGUCGCUCUUUAUUUUGUUCUCUUGUUCUUUUGUUUGUUAAGGAGCUUAGGCCAUUAACCAUGGCUGCAAGUGUGCAACUAGGUCUUAUUAUUUUGUUCUUUUGUUUGUUUGUUAAGGAGCUUAAGCCAUGUUAACAUGGUUCGUCUCCAUCUCUAUCCAUGUUUCAUACUCGGACCCUUUUUGUAGAGUCAUUGUUGUAUUGGAGACCGAGAUGACGAUGAAUGAUAAGCUUAGGCUCUUU